GUUGCCACUAUCAAGAAGUAAUAUGUCAUUGAGAAUAGUUCCAGACAAUAACCACCAAUCCACCAUAAACCAUGCUGAGGUUGGCGACAAGGCAGCUCAUGCGCCUGGUUUUAGUGAUAUGUUAAGGUCUCAGCAGGGCCCUGCCAGUUUGGCGUCGCAAAUCAACAAUCGUCAUCCUUUAGAAUCGAGACUCGGAAACUGGGAAGAAACCCAACACCAGACCCGGUUAGAAUCAUACAGAAGAGUAUUUGGAGCCGGAGAACCCAUCAAGAGAACCAUGGAGUUGGGCAUCGUGGAAGCCACCGACUUCAAGCCAGAAGUGUUGGGAGGGUCUACUAUAACUGAAAUGCACAAGGACAUCUUGUUGAACAAGGAUGCGUCUGUUGACUGGGAAGACGUGUACAAGCAGGAUGUGAGUGGAGGAUAUACGGUGAAGGACUUCCACUCGGAGAUGGAGCGUAAAAUGGGUAUUAAUUAGUAUAGAUUAAUUGACGAGUCCGAGAGAGAGCGUAGACCGAGAGGCCGACACCAGUUGGAGAAGUAAGAGUAGGAGAGUAGGAGAAGUGAAUGGGAAGAGCCCCUAAAUCCGUCGACUACUCACCCUAUUCCAACGGGGCACGCAUUCACCCUUUUUAUCUUCAUCUGCUAUUAGCAAGAUUCGCAAAUAUCACUAAUCCUACAACUGCCACCUUCACCAACUAAAAUAAAUUACUCAUCUCCUCAAACUAAAGUACGACAAAGGUUCUGCAAUCUCUGGCCCCAGCAUAUUCUCUUGCUUCCACCAUUGUCCCAAACCUUAUCCAAAAUAAUGAAAUCACAAUCUUGUGCGAAUGCCCAACUUCCCCCCACACCUCGCAGUAUAAAUUCAUCCGACGCACCAUCAUAUUUUCCCCAAGUAUCAUGUCUGCUAUUCCCAAAACACAAACCGCCUACGGCUAUGAACGUGGCAAAGGCUCCGUCGCCAAGUACGAAAAUGUUCCUGUCAAACAACCCGGUGAUAACCAGUUGUUGUUGAAAAUUGAAGCAGCAGGACUCUGCCAGAGCGACCUCCACAUUCUCAAGGUGGUGGAUGAAGAAUAUCCUGCCAACUUUAUCAUGGGCCACGAAAUCGCCGGCCAAAUCGUUCAGGUCGGUAAGAACCUUGCCAGCGACCCCAAGUAUCAGCUCGGAUCCCGGUAUUCGUUGUGCAUUUGCAAACUGUGUGGAGUUUGUAAAAAUUGCCGUAAGGGCCUUGACAUGUGCUGCGACGAGGUUAGUGGAUAUGGAAUUGGCACCGAUGGUGGCUUCCAGCAGUAUAUCGUGGUGGAAAACUUGCGGUCGCUCGUGCCAAUUCCCGAAGGAGUAUCGUACCAAGAGGCGGCGGUGGCUACCGACUCGGUCUUGACCCCGUACCAUGCCAUCAGGAAAGUACAGCAAUUUUUGGAACCUACCACCAGAGUAUUAUUGUUUGGUUUGGGCGGCUUGGGCUUGAACGCCCUCCAGAUUCUCCGUACGUACGGGUGUUAUGUGGUGGCUGUCGACCGCAAGGCCGAUUUGGAGGCCCAGGCAAAACGGUAUGGUGCAGCCGAGUUCUAUACCGAUAUUGGCGACUCGAAUCACCCGACCGACAGUUUCGAUAUCUGCUUUGAUUUUUGUGGAUACAAGCAGACAUUUGAGGACUGUCAGGACUAUAUCGCACGUGACGGGAAGCUUGUGAUUGUGGGGCUCGGGAACUUGCAACUAAACUACAUGAACUUCUAUUUGGCCCGUAAAGAAGUUACCAUUUACGCCAACUUUGGUGGAACCGCGGGUGAACAGCUUGCGUGCUUGGAAUUGGUCCGAUUGGGCAAGGUGAAGCCACUUAUAAAGUCAGUGUCUAUCGACGAACUUCCCUACUAUUUUGACCAAUUGGCCAAGGGUAAAGUUGAAGGUAGAAUUGUGUUUACUCCCCCAAAGCUCUGAAGAAUAUACAUUUUGAUUUU